UCACUGCCGAUAUCUAUAAAAUAAACCAGCGUCUUAGCUCUCCAGAUAAUCGUUUUUAAUACUUAAUUAUCUACAAGGCGCGACAGACACAGCCUAGUUAUUUUACAGAUGUAGGGGCAUUCGCCCGUAAAAAGUUCAGAAAUGACUGAACAAGUCCUUACUCAAAGCUACUGAUUACGAUUUCACCAACCAAAGAGCCAACCUUUGCCAUCAUGAGACGGCUCCAAGCAAGAUUGACAGAGAUGCACCAAAUCUGAGGACCGGGGGGGGGGGGGGAGGAGCACUUUAUUAGCGAGAAGCACUGACACAGGAACAAAGAGAGCUUGCUCGGGUAUCAAUGGCGGCGGAGGAGAAGGAAGUGAAAAAAUCGAACGAGGAAAGAGUGAAGCUGUUUGUGGGUCAAGUGCCAAAGCAUAUAACCGAAGAUGAGCUGCUUGCAUUGUUCAAGGAGUUUGUUGCAGUGGACGAGAUCAACAUCAUCAAGGAUAAAGCCACUCGCGCUUCUCGAGACUAGUCAGAGCAGAGAUUCCUUGAGUUUGAGCUUCUGUUACAGCAUUCCAACCCCAAUCUCGUGGGUUUUGGUUGCAGGGUGUUGCUUUGUAAUUUGUCCAUCCCGAGAAGAGGCAGACAAGGCUGUUAAUGCGUGUCAUGAUAAGAAAAUGCUACCUUGGGCAUCUAGACCCUUGCAGGUGAAGUAUGCAGAUGGCGAGAUGGAAAGGCUAGAACACAAACUCUUCAUUGGUAUGCUUCCAAAGAAUGUUUCUGAAGUUGAAUUAUCCGCUCUUUUCUCCAUGCACGGAAACAUAAAGGAUUUGCAUAUUUUAAGAGGUUCCCAGCAGACAAAUAAGGUUGCUCUUGUCCAUUGUGAAUUUGUGGUAGGUUGUGCAUUUUUGAAGUAUGAAACAAAAGAACAGGCCCUUGCUGCCCUGCAGGAAAUCAAUGGAAAGCAUAAAAUGAAGGGUUCAAGUGUACCUUUGGUUGUCAAGUGGGCAGAUACUGAAAAGGUAAGGCAAGCUCGGAGGGCUCAGAAAGCAAAGUCCCAAACAUCUAGGGUGCCACAUCCUAAUACUCAUCAUCCAUCUCUAUUUGGAGCCCUGCCAAUGGGCUAUGUUCCUCCACAUAAUGUAUAUGGUUAUCAGGCUGCUGGGGGCUACAGGAUUGUGUCCUACCGUUUGCCACCAAUGCAGAACCAGCCUGGUUUCCAUAAUAUGAUGCCUCGCUUGAAUCAAGUAAAUGCAUUGCAGCCUAAUCUUGGCCCUAAUAUGAGCCCUAGGGAUUAUCCCCUGCGUCAUGCAAAUUAUGUUGGUUCUUACACUGCAGUACCAGCUCUACAGCAUCCAUAUCCUGGAAGAAUGAUAGGUCCAAGGCAUUUGAGUAGUUCCUGUCCUGCGUGGAACAGUGACUCUGCUACCUCUUCAGGGGGCAGUCAAGUUUCCAAAAGUCAGGUUGAAGGACCGCCGGGUGCCAAUCUCUUUAUUUAUCACAUACCUCAAGAAUUUGGUGAUGAAGAGCUUGCAAUAUACUUUCAACCAUUUGGUAGUGUUUUGAGUGCUAAGGUUUUUGUUGAUAAAACAGCUGGUGCAAGCAAAUGUUUUGGAUUUGUGAGCUAUGAAUCUCCAGAAGCAGCUGAAGCAGCUACUAGGAGGAUGAAUGGAUGCGAGUUAGGUGGUAAGAAAAUGAAGGUUCAGCUUAAGAGGGACAACAAACUGAGGAAGCCUUACGGACGAUGACAGAGCUGAAUGAACAUGGACGGUGAUCUGUACAAUUCAUGGCCCCUCAGCCCCUCACUGAUGAUAUAUAUCUAUUGAUUAUUAAUUACUAAUAAUUAAUAACUUGUUGAUUUUCCCUUCACAAGGCAUGUCGAUUGCUUUGGAAACGACACAGGUUCCCACUUAGUUUUGUCAUUCUUUAAAAGGAGUCAAAAGGUGAAGUAUUGUUUCCAGUUUCCAGUUUCCACCAGCUAGUAUCAACUACCUAUUAGCCAUCCAGUGGUUUCAAAUUAGUGGAACUCUUUUUUUUUUUUUAGGGAGAAAAAUCAAACUAAGCAGUAAACCCACUCCAUUGUUGUGAUAAAGGCGAGAAUUCAUUUGCUGGUCACGAUGGACGGUGGCCUUUAGCCUCCCCUUUGGAGAUAGGACCUUAGUGGACGGUAACAGUUUCAGACUCAGCUUUGUUUCAAACUAAUCCCGUUUGAGUA